GAGGUGCUUUAUGCUCCGUUUACUACUACUACUACUACUAUUACUACUGCUACUACUACUACUACUACUUCUAUCACCAACACCAUCACUACCACCACCACUACUGUUCCCGUCGGUGUGUCUUUACUGGUGCUACAAGUACUGGUGGUGGUGGUGUUGAUGUCUGCAAGAGGUGUUGGUUUACUACAGCACAACACUGCCAUCACUGACUCGGCUUUAAUUUCGCAGAUUUCACAUAUUUUCUUCUGACCGCGGCGGUUUUAAUAGCAGCAGUAGCAGCAACAGCAGCAACAGCAGUAGUAGUAGUAGUAGUAGUAGUAGUAGUAGUAGUAAUAGUAGUAGUAGUAGUAGUAUCAACAACAUCUAUUUCAAACAACAACAACAACAAUCUCCCUACUGCCACAUAAUUACAUACAAUGACAUCUUUCCUCGCUACAAAACAUUCUUUGCAGAUUUCAUAGUACACCCUUCUUGCAUCGCUCACCAACGCAUAAUACCAGACAACAGCCCUGUGAGGUAACCCGCUAAACCACCACACACCCGAGAAACAAAGGACAGACUGAGCAGCUAAGUACGUGGACUGAUCUGUUUUUGUUGAUUGUCCCCGCCCGGCACUCGUCACCAUGUGGAAGACAGCAAUGGGAAAGAUCACCCACUCCCGGCCGUCCCCCUCCCCUUCGGCCCUCAUGGAAGCUACGGAGACACUGAGGAAGUCCUCUCAACCCAUGCUGAUGAGACUCAAGAUGAUGGUCAAGCUGGCUAAGCUCCUUGGACGUGACACAACUUCCUCCUCGUCUACCUCCUCCAAGCGAAGGCCGAGGAAGAGAGUGAUCGACACUCGCGCCAAGCCUUCCGCCAAGCUGCGCCAAGCAAGGAUACUCAAUAAGAUGCGCUCGGCCCUGGGAAGGAAGCCACGCAAAUCGCGCAAGCCAAAAUCAUUCCUGUGGGAGCGAGCGCAGCAGGCAGUGACUACCACAGGGCGCGGGCGACCCACCUGGGACCUCCUGCUGCCUGAGAACGUGGAGCCUGAAAACGAGCCUGAGAUCACGAUUGAACUUACCUCGAAGGUGGAAAGGCCGAGGUCGACCUUUGUGAUAUACAAUUUCACGAGCGGUUACUUCGAGGAGGUGGUCGAGGACGAGCCCCUUCUUGACCUGCUCACCCUGCACUCCUCUGUGACGCUUAAGGAGGACCUCGACAAAGCCCUUCACCGCUUCGGGCUCCAAUGGUCCGACUCGGAAGACUCAAGCCUGGAGCAGCUGGCGGAGGACUCGAGGCGGGAGCUGGAGGAGGUGUACAGGGGCGUGGUGACGAGAGAGGAGCUGGCCAGGAUUGACAUGCAGCCCAACCCCUUCAAUUACAGUGAUCGAGUGUCCCAGACCACCCCCAACCCUACCAAGGAGCUGGCGAUGCAAACGGAGCCACCACCCCCUUACCGCUUCUCAGUGAACGUGGGUGAAGGGGACAUCUACGCCGCCUACGAGAGUGACCAGCUCGCCCUUCAGCGUUUCGAGCAGGAGAAAGAAGAGAAGAGAAAAGACAAGGAUGCAAAAAAAGUGGUUGUGGACCCUCUGGUGGUGCUGGGAAUUGAAAGAUUAGGCGGGAAGAAAGGCAGUAAAGGUGGAGAUAGUGGAAUGAGCCUGUACCAAGCCGACCUCGGGGAGCUGCGGAAGGUGGCAUGCGUGGUGGAAAGGAUGGUGACGCAAAAUAUAUACGACGACAUAUCCCAAGAUUUCAAGUAUUGGGAGGAUGGAAGUGAUGAGUAUCACCCACUGCAGGGCUCUCUCCUCCCAUUAUGGAAGUUCCGUCCUGAGAUUUGUCGCAACUUCAUUGUUUCAGACCUCUGCUGCAGCCCUGUCUUCCCUGACCUCUUUGCUGCUGCCUACACAGCUGGUGACUCAAGAGAAGAAAAUGCUGGCCUUCUUUGCGUGUUCACUCUUAAAAAUCCAGCCAGCCCUGAACGUGUCUAUCACACUCCCUGUGGUGUUACAUCCCUACACUUCCAUCCCCAGAUUGGCAGGCUCCUAGCAGCUGGGUGGAGUGAUGGGCGAGUGGUGCUGUAUGAUGUGAGUUCCACUACACCUUGUGCUCUCUCCUGCACCACUACCUCUGGCAAGCACCUUCUCCCUGUCACUCAGGUCCAGUGGCUAGAGACAACACCUGGAGAGGAUGUCACCUUCUUCUCAGUGUCACAAGAUGGACGCAUGACACAGUGGCACAUGAGGGACUCCUGUCGCCUUGUGCAUGCAGAUGUGUUUGAACCCCAUUUGCCUCACACCCUUGGAUUUGAAGGUGUGAUCACAUGCUUGGCAGUGAGGCCAGAUGGGGAGGGCAUAGUGCUCCUGGGCCUUGAAUCUGGGGCAGUGUUCCAGUGUUCCAUAGUGUGUGCAAGUCACUCCCUUUACCACUACCCAGCACACACCUCUAUGGUGCGUGGCCUGGCCUGGAACACUCAUCAUCCUAACGUCUUCCUUUCCUGCUCACUUGAUUGGUCCAUCAAAGUCUGGCUCCAGCUUUUCACAGCUCCACUGGUGGUCCUGGAUGUGGGAGGAGCAGUGGCUGGGUUGGCAUGGUCACCUUACAACAGCAGUGUUCUAGUAGCAAUAACAGAUGAAUGCCGUGCAUAUGUGUUUGACCUAUCAGUGAGAGUGUGCACACCAUUGUGUGUGCAGUCCAUGGCCCAACGCCGGCCUCUUACCGCCUCUUGUGUCACCUUUAGUCCCUUCUAUCCUAUCAUCUUUAUAGGUGGGGAAAAAGGGCACUUGGCAUCAUUUAAACUCUCACCAAAUCUGAGGAGAGUUCAAAGAGAGGUUAGAGAUGGCGAACCUCAAGAUAAGAAGGAAAUUGAGCUCAGUAAGAUUGAAAGAGUCAUUGCAACCAACAGGUGAGGGGGC